AUGGCUACAGAACGUUUGAGCUCACUUCUCAGCCACCUUAAGGGCGGUGGCAACGGCCUCUCUACCAUAACUCAGAGGAAUCCCGACGAUGUCGUCAUCACCCUCGCUCUACGAACACCCCUGACCAAGGCCGUUAAGGGUGGAUUCAAAGACACCGAUCUCGAUUACAUCGUCUACGCUCUGCUGAAGGAAGUUCUCUCCAAGUCCAAGGUGGAUCCUGCUUCGAUCGAAGAUGUUUGCUUGGGCAAUGUCAACGACGGCAAAGCCGCCUAUCUCGUGCGCGCCGCCUCCCUCGCAGCAGGCAUCCCGCACACGGCCGGCGGAUCAUCAGUGAACAGGUUCUGCUCGUCUGGACUGAAAGCCGUGCAGGAUAUCGCGAACCAAAUCACGCUGGGCGCGAUCGACGUCGGUAUCGCGGUCGGUGCGGAACUCAUGUCCGCUCCGGGAGAUAGACUCUCCAAGCCGUUCAACGAAGAGGUGCUCCAGAACCAGGAGGCCGCGGACUGUAUGCAGCCCAUGGGUCAGACGUCAGAGAACGUCGGCGCCGACUUCAACAUCUCCCGCGAAGCGCAGGAUAAGUAUGCGGCGGAGUCGUACCGUCGGGCCGAGGCGGCGCAGAAGGCGGGCUGGUUCGACGAUGAGAUCGUCCCUAUUACUACUAAGGUCAAGGAUCCGAAGACCGGUGAGGUGAAACAGGUCACGUUGACCAAGGAUGAGGGCAUUCGCUACGGAACCACCGCCGAGUCGUUGAGUAAGAUUCGGCCGGCGUUUCCUCAGUUCGGAAACCGGAGCACCGGUGGAAAUUCCAGUCAGGUGACGGAUGGAGCUGCCGCCGUCCUUCUCAUGCGUCGUUCCAAGGCCAUCGAACUGAACCAGCCCAUCCUGGCCAAAUUCUGCGGUGCCACCGUUGCCGGUGUGCCGCCGCGCAUUAUGGGCAUCGGACCCUCGGUGGCCAUUCCCAAGCUACUGGCCAAGUUCAACCUGAACAAGGAAGACAUUGACAUUUACGAGAUCAACGAGGCAUUUGCCUCCAUGGCUGUGUACUGUCUGGACCAUCUGGGUCUGGACCACGCCAAGGUGAACCCGCGCGGAGGUGCCAUCGCUUUGGGUCAUCCGCUGGGCGCCACGGGGGCUCGUCAGAUCUGUACGAUUUUGAGUGAGGCGCGACGCACCAAGAAGAAGAUCCUCGUGACGAGUAUGUGUAUUGGCACGGGACAAGGGAUGGCUGGGUUGUUGGUCAAUGAGCAGGUGUAA